AACUUGGCAGAAGAAGCAUUAGAAAUAGGAUAGAAGAGAAGCUAUGUCACAUCACACCACGGCACCCUAGCGACAGACCCGACCUCAAAUACCUCUCUCUCUCCCCACACCCACUUCACAUCCAACAAUCGCUCUAUCCAUCACCAUGAGAAUCUUUCUCUGAUAUCAUCUCUCUUCUCAACAAUCGCUCCAAUUCUCUCUUUCAUCUCUUCUCCAACAAUCCAAGCCCGUUCUCGCCGCGUUUCCUUACAAGUGGUGAGGAUGUCGACUCCUGCAAGGAAGAGGCUGAUGAGGGAUUUUAAGAGGUUGCAACAGGACCCCCCUGCAGGCAUCAGUGGUGCUCCUCAAGACAACAAUAUAAUGCUUUGGAAUGCUGUUAUAUUUGGUCCAGAUGACACCCCAUGGGAUGGAGGUACUUUUAAAUUGACACUUCAAUUUACAGAGGAUUAUCCAAAUAAGCCACCAACAGUGCGCUUUGUUUCUCGAAUGUUCCAUCCAAAUAUUUAUGCAGAUGGAAGCAUUUGUUUGGAUAUUUUACAAAAUCAGUGGAGUCCUAUCUAUGAUGUGGCUGCUAUACUUACCUCUAUUCAGUCAUUGCUCUGUGAUCCAAACCCAAACUCCCCUGCCAAUUCAGAAGCUGCACGGAUGUUUAGCGAGAACAAGCGUGAGUACAACAGAAGAGUAAGAGAGAUUGUUGAGCAGAGUUGGACAGCUGACUGAUACCCCUGGUAGGGUGCGCUAUUAAACUUCCAAGCUAGUUUGAUGGCCUGUUUGAAUAACAUGGAAACUUAAAAAAAAAAAAAAAAAAAAAAAAAUUUCGUGUUGCAAACUCCUGAACUUUGGAUUAUGUUAUAUGUUUGCUUACCUAUAAUGUAUGAAUUUUUAGGUCUUAUUUCAGUUCUUCAAUUUGCUGUCUUGCAUUUUUCAUCGAAUUAAUGUACAUACAAAACUUUCUUGUUAUUGCCAGCCAUGCCGUGAGCCUACUGUUGCUUAUACAAAGUAUUAGAGAUGAUC